AUGAAAUCUACUUCAGUGUCAUUCUUUAUCGUUAGUAAGUAUUAAAAUAGUUUUAAAGUCUUUUACAGGUGUUGGCUUUAGCCUUUUUGUUUGAAAAAUUGACAAAAACUUUGUUUACAGAACAAAAAAUAGAGCAUUUUAAGAGGUGGAAUUUAAGUGGAAGAUUUGUAAUGUAAUUUGCACUGAAAAUCUUCCACCGAACUUUCACUUUUAAAAUGGCUUGAAAUUGCUUAGAAACACGUUUUUGAGCAUUUUUGGGAGUGGAAGUUUGGUGGAAGAAUUUUAGUGUAAUUUGCACUGAAUAUCUUCCACUGAACUUCCACUUCCAAAAAAGCUAAAAAUCAUGUUUUUAGACCAUUUAAAGACUUUUUAAAAAUGGAAGUUUGGUGGAAGAAUUUUAGUGUAAUUUGCACUGAAAAUCUUCCACUCAACUUUCAUUUUUAAAAUUUGAAAUUUUGACUUUCUGCUCUAAAAAGAUAGCAAAAUUAGUGUUUUUAAGACAUUUCGAAGUGUCAAACUUAAUAAUUUAAGUUUUAAAAUUAAAAAAUACCUAAUUUCAGGCCUACUACUACUCCUCUUCGCCACAGUACCAUUAGUACCAGAAGCCAGCAAUGUUACCGAAACUAGUUCACCUAUUAAUGAAAGUGUGAUCAAAACAACGACAAUUGAUGACGUCAAUAUUGUGGUAGAGCCAUUUCCGGCAGACGAAGAUGAGGAUGAACCAAAAUCGACCGGUAAAAGCGUUCACGAGCCAGUCUUGGAGGCCAUAACGGAAUGUCCGCCAGCUAAGGACACGAAGAAGGAGGCAAAGGGCUUUUUGGCUAGAAAGUGUGGGUUUAUACUUGCUAAAAGCUAAAUUGGAGUGAAAAAAAAGUCUUGUCGUUUUUUGUAAUGAAAAGUAGUGUAAAUUGGCGACAAGACUUUUUUAGAAAUUUUUUAGUUUAAAUUGCUUUUAAAACGUCAUUUUAAAAUUUUGAAAUUAUAAAAGAAUUUAAAAAAUUUUUUAAAUUUUAAAAUUUUAAUUUUCAGGGCCAUUGUUACUUUUGAUGGGUGCUAUAUUUCUGUCGGUACUAUGCUCUUCGUUCAGUUCAUCUUGUUCAUGUGUAAGUUAAAUGGACCGCUGCCCCUACCUUGCCUUGGCCUUGCCUUGGGCCUUGAUUUGGCCUUGCCUUGGGCCUUGCCUUGGUCUUGCCUUGGGCCUUGCCUUGGUCUUGCCUUGGGCCUUGCCUUGCCAUGGCUCCGUUACUAUUACAAAAAGUGCCAUUUUCAGUGUGACUGCAAGAAGGAAAAGAAGGAUUGGAAACGUGAACGGAACGAACGACGUAAGAACGAAAGAACACCAGUGUACGGAAGCUCCGGAAAUGGACUAAACGUGAGUUGGAAACAAAGUUUUUUCAGUUUUUUUUUGAAAAAUAUGUUUCGUAAAGAAAGUUCUUGCCAUUUUUUGUUUUUUUAAAGAAAGUUUUUUGCCAUUUUAUGAUUUGUAAAGAAAGUUUUUGCGGUUUGUCAAUUAAAUUUUUAAAAAUUAUGUUUUGCUGUCUGCAGGUGACACGUUAUACGAUAAAUGCGUUUUUGUGAUUUGUAAAGAAAGUUAUUGCCAUUUUCUAGCAUAAUUUCAAAAAACAAUGUUUCGCAGCCUGCAGGUCACAAGUUAUACGACGGAUGCGUUUUAAGGGCUAUGGAAAGAAAGUUCCUUCCGUUUUUUGAAAAAAUUGUUUUGUAAAGAAAGUUUUUGCUAUUUUUUGUUUUGUAAAGAAAGUUCUUGUUAAAUUAUUUUUUUUAUUUAAAGAUUUUAGGCUAAAGGCAGCAAAACUCAAGUAGAACCAGAGAAGGCUAAUGAAGAAAACAGUGCCAAAAGCCACAAAAGUCGUAAAAGUACCAAAAGCUUGAAGAGUCGUCUAGCCAAGAGUCUGAAGAGUACCAAAAGCAACAAGAGUACCAAAAGCCCGAAGAAUAAUAGCACCAAGAGCUCCAGGAACAAAUAG